AUGCCUCUUACUCUUUUCUCUAGCAGCGGAACUGCAAGCCAGGCAAAAUAUUUUGAUAUCAGACUCGAGGAUGAUUAUAUUGUGUUUCGUGGCAACGAGCACGAAGCAGCCAGUACUCUGCUCAAGGGGAAAGUGAUCCUCUGUCUCUCAGAGCCCCUGCACAUCAAAUUCUUGAGAUUGAAUCUCACCGGGAAGUCGAGAGUUUUCGUGCAGGUUCCAAUUUCUGGUGGCCGCCGAAGAUCAGUCCGGGAACACAAUGUUUUUGAGAAAACUUGGUCAUUUAAAGAUGCUGGUAAGGGCAAGAUGGAGUCCUUGCCAGCAGGCAACUACGAGUUCCCGUUCGACAUAAUCCUCCCGGGAUCUCUCCCCGAAAGCAUUGAGGGACUGCGUGACACUUGGAUUACAUAUCGAUUCAAAGGUGAGAUUGGUCGGAAAUAUGCCAAAGAUAUAGUCGUGCGGAAGCCAUUGAGGAUUAUUCGAACAUUGGAUCCAAGUGCUUUGGAGCUCUCUCAUGCAAUGUCAGUGGAAAACGUAUGGCCCAAUAAAAUUGAGUAUUCAAUAUCAACACCAAGUAAAGCAAUAAUAUUUGGAACCUCCGUGCGGGUGGAUUUCCGCAUUGUUCCCUUGCUAAAAGGCCUUGUCAUUGGCACCAUUUCGACACAACUCGUUGAGACUCACGAUUUUGUCCUAAACCCCGACGAUCCCGAAGCUCUGCAAGUGUCCCACAAAUCGACCAAAGUAAUCUUUAAUGAGUCUUAUACACUGGGCGAACAGGAUAAGUCUCAAGACCCGGAUGGUGCGAUUGAAGGAUUUGAGUGUUGUAGAAUAUUCAAUCUCCCGAAGUCUCUCAGCAAAUGUUUGCAGGACACCGAUACGAACGGUAUUAAAAUCAGACACAAAUUGAAGUUCAGAGUUCAGCUUCAGAACCCGGAUGGCCACACAUCUGAGCUCCGUGCCGGCCUCCCUGUUUCCAUUUUUAUUUCCCCUAAUUUCCCAAUCGACGACAAUAACAAUCUUAUUGAUCAAUCUUCGCAAUCUGCCCAGCGAGUUGUUCAUACCAUGGCACUGCAGGCCCCACCUCUUUACGGGGACCAUCAAUUUGAUCAGCUCUAUGGUUCACUUGAUCCCAGCGGCUAUCAAACACCAGGGAAUGAAAGUGAUCCUGGGACCCCUUUCUUAUCAAUUAGCCGGAAUAUUUCGCUUGAUAGUCUUGCCGUAAUGACAACUUCAGAAAACCGGGACCUCUCGCCCGCUGCCUUGCAUACCCAGUUGAGCAACCUGCACCAUAACAACUCCGCAUCUGUGACACCUACUUCGGAAUCGGCAGAUACUGCCCUUGAAUCAUCCAGCCAAUCUCCCCAGCAACUGAGUCGCGGGGACUCCACCCCAUUCGUGGUUGCACAUGCACAACGGCCCCCUUACGCUGCCAGUACGUCCGGUACAUCGCCACGAUGGCUAUCUGAUGAUGAGAACAUUCCUUCAGGAGUGGCUACACCCAGCUCGCAGAUCAGUGAAGUCGAACAUCUCUCCCGGGUCCCUAGUUACGCCACCGCUGUUCGCUUACAUGCAGUAACGCAGUGCAGUUACGAUUUACCGGACUAUCGAGCAGCCGUAGCCGACGGGGCCUGCACAGGCCCUAUGCCACCUCCACAACGGAUCCGCUCCCCGAGUCCCAAUAGACAUCUUUCGUUUACUGAGAGAUUUAACCGUCCACGAUUUCGCUUUCGCGACCGGAAUCAUACCAAUGGUUUUACUGCUCGUCCGGAUGCAGCACGGCGACCAAGUAUGCCGGAAGCGCUUUCCCGCGUUGAGUGGUUAUAA